AUGGGUUGGCCGUACAAGUUUUAUGAGCACACCGAUGCGGGCCAUUUACAUGAACUUCAGAAACUAUAUCGGUACGGACUCUAUGCCCAGUUAUCCCUAUUACUUCCUCUCGCCAUCAUUUUGGGAGUGAGAGGAGUAGUCUGGCUGGCUGUAGGCUUCAAGCAUAGGAACGGUAUCUAUGAUUAUGUAAGGUAUCGGAAAGAGGGACAACAUAGGACAUAUAAUAUUCCCUCUAUCAAAGCAAAAGUCAGCCAAUGGAAAUGGUGGCUAGAAUGCGAUUUCAGACUUGCUAGUCGUACCUACGGCACACGUGGGCAGCUUCUUUUUGGGAGUCUAUGCACUUUAUGGUUCUUCUUCCUUUGUUUCGCUGAGACUGGCAAUAACUACAACCAAUUAGCUAAGAGAUUCGGCAUGGUCGGUACAGCUUUGUUGCCAUCUCAGAUCCUUUUGUCCUUCAAGCACGCCAACCCAGCUGUCAUUGCUUUUCGCACAACCUACGAGAACAUCAACAGGUGGCAUAACAUUAUUGGAAAGAUAAUUUAUGUCAUGCUUACAUGCCAUUUUGCGCUUUACCUAAACAAAUACGUACAGACGGGCGUCUUGUCACAAGUAAUCCGCCAUCACCUGUUCAUUACUGGCUUACCGGCAUUUUUGUUCUUGAGUCUAUUGAGGUUCACGUCUUUAAAAGUGGUUCGGCGCUUUUCCUACCGGGCAUUCUACAUGACUCAUCUCUCGAUGGCCUUUGCCCUUCCCCCUAUCAUAUUCUUUCAUGUACGUCCUACAAGGAUGUACAUGAUCGAAGCCCUAUCGCUUACUCUCGUUAAUGCAACGCUACGCCGGUGGUAUGCAAUCACUACACAGGGUACGGUACAGCGAAUUCCCGGUACAAGUUUGAAGAGGAUUAUCUUUACAGUCCCAUCUGCUAUGGCGCGAGAUUGUAUAAUCUUUCCAGGUUCUUACGUUUACAUCUCCAGAAAAUCUUAUACAUGGUUUCGACUUCCAAAUGCGCAGGGCCUACUUGGAACGCUCACAUCUAAUCCGUUUACGGUAGCCGCUGUCAGUGAGGAGACGUGUGAGUUAACCCUGAUCGCGCGCCACCGGAACGGACCAACAAGUCACUACCUCGAUAAAGUAGCUAGUACUGGCUAUCUGCAAGACAACAAGCUUUUCAUCCGUGUUGAAGGUCCAUAUAAAGUUGGAAAGUAUUUUCCUGACCUCAUUGGCACUAGUUUUGGUCGCAUUUUGCUUUUCGCAGGAGGCGUAGGGGCGACAUUCACCUGGCCAAUCUAUCGAAAUAUCCUCCAGAGCCGCUCCGAGGCACGAGUAGAUAUGUUUUGGGCCGUGCGGUGCCCUGCUGAUGCUAGUUGGGUCGCUGAUAAUAUAAAGGAAAGGUUAGUAGACGACAGCCGGAUGCACAUCUACUUCACCGGUGAUACCUGGCAAUCUGAUGAUAACGAGAGGUUAUCAACAAAAGACACCGAAGGGCGCCCAAACCUAAAGAAUAUUGUAGACAAUGCUUUUGAGGAUACCCAGGAUCGGGUAGCACUGCUUGUUAGUGGUCCGGAAGGACUAACUAAGGACCUUAGGCGGCAUGUUGAUGCCUGGGUUAAACAGGGACGAGAUGUAUGGUGGCAUGAGGAAAGUUUUAGUCACUAA